UCCUCGUUCCAUCUUCAUCCAUCUCGCCGCUCCCUCCUCCUCCUCCUCUUUGGCAGAUAAAUGGGAGGAGACGCUCCCGCUGAAUGCAGCGGGCGCACGCAGAAGGGCAUAGCUUCCCCCCGCGCUGGUUUCCAUGAUCUAUCGCCUCCUCCUUGGUGCAUCUUGAAUUGUCUUUCAUGGACGCGCAGCGGGCACCGUAUAACCAUUUAUCUCCAUUGAAUUUACUGACUGGAGGCAUCUGACUGGAUUUAAACCACCUAGCGGUGCUGGACACGAGCCGGACCGAUGAGCUCAUCUCCGCGCUUUCUGACUACGGGGGCAUUAAAGAUGCGGUUGCUGGACUGGGUCAAGGUACCUGUCUUCGAGUCACUGCGGCUCGGUUCGUCUGACUGAUCCUGUCCAACGCCGCGUGUCUUUAGGGACCACUACAGUUUUGUUUUGUUUAAUCCCCGUUUUUUUCUCCCGUUCUUCUGCAAAUUGGAUCCCGCCACCUGCAGCCUGAAGGAUGGAUAACUAUUCUACUUUGCAACUACAGUGUCUAGAAAUGAGCACAAAAAGGAAGCUGAUUGGCCGGCUAGUGCCAUGCCGUUGUUUUCGUGGGGAAGAGGAAGUGAUCUCAGUGUUGGACUACUCUCACUGCAGCCUGCAGCAGGUCCCUAAAGAAAUCUUCAGCUUUGAGAGAACUCUGGAGGAGCUCUACCUGGAUGCCAACCAGAUUGAGGAACUACCCAAGCAACUCUUCAGCUGCCAGGCCUUGAAGAAGCUGAGCAUGCCUGAUAACGACCUCUCCAACCUUCCAACCACAAUUGCCAGCCUGGUUAACCUCAAAGAGCUUGACAUAAGUAAAAAUGGUAUCCAGGAGUUUCCAGAUAAUAUUAAAUGCUGUAAAGGCCUGUCAGUGGUAGAGGCCAGCGUCAACCCCAUCACCAAGCUCCCAGAUGGUUUUACGCAGCUCCUGAAUCUGACUCAGCUCUUCUUAAAUGAUGCCUUCAUGGAGUACUUGCCAGCGAACUUUGGCAGACUCUCCAAACUUCGAAUCCUGGAGCUGAGAGAGAACCACCUGAAAACAAUGCCAAAGUCCAUUCAUCGAUUGACACAGUUGGAGAGGUUGGAUCUGGGUAGCAAUGAAUUCUCUGAAGUGCCGGAGGUGUUGGAGCAGAUCCACAACCUAAAGGAGCUGUGGAUGGAUAACAACUCUCUACAGUCCAUACCAGGGUCACUAGGAAAACUUCGCCAGCUGCGCUACUUAGACUUAGCAAAGAAUCGUAUUGAGAAUUUGGACACGGAUGUUUCAGGUUGUGAGGCCUUAGAGGAUCUUUUGCUUUCCUCCAACAUGCUUCAGCACCUUCCUGACUCUAUAGGAAUGUUAAAGAAGCUGACCACACUGAAAGUGGAUGACAACCAGUUGACCUCACUACCGGGAACCAUUGGGAGUCUGUGUCUGCUGGAGGAACUGGACUGUAGUUGUAAUGAGUUGGAGUCACUGCCUCCAACCAUAGGCUACCUGCACAGUCUUAGGACCUUUGCUGCUGAUGAGAACUUCCUCAUUGAACUUCCUCGAGAGAUCGGUAACUGUAAGAAUGUAACGGUGAUGUCACUGCGCUCCAACAAACUUGAGUUCCUCCCUGAUGAGAUAGGACAGAUGACCAAACUACGAGUCCUAAACCUUAGUGAUAACAGGUUAAAGAAUCUACCGUUCACCUUUACUAAGCUGAAGGACCUGGCAGCUCUCUGGCUUUCUGACAAUCAGUCCAAGGCUCUGAUCCCAUUACAGACAGAAGCCCACCCUGACACCAAACAGAAGGUUUUGACCAACUACAUGUUUCCUCAACAACCUCGCCAUGAUGAGGAUUAUCAGUCGGACAGUGACAGUUUUAAUCCUACCCUGUGGGAGGAGCAGAGACAGCAAAGGAUGACUGUGGCUUUUGACUUUGAGGACAAGAAAGAAGAGGAAGACAACUCCGGGAAGGUCAAGGUGGAGAUAAACCUAAAACGCUAUCCAACACCCUACCCUGAGGACCUGAAGAACAUGGUCAAGUCAGUACAAAGCCUCGUGGGUAAAAAUGUUCACACGGGCCAUGGGCACCAGCACCAUCUUAGCACAAGCACAGCCACUUCAGCAGGAACCAACAUGGAACUUUCACACCAUAGCAAAGAACCGUAUGAACCACCGUGGCCCCUGCCCCCCAAAGAGGUAACAGACAGAGAGAUGCAGGACUUCUCUCAGACUCAGCGAAUGGAUCAGGGAUCGAUGCAUAACCCUGGCAUUGACAUCCCAAAGAGGAAGGACAAAGAGGACCUGACGGAGAGCUCAGAGGACUCAAUGGGCGGCUCACCCAAUGACAUCCGCAUCUCUGACAUGAGGCCCACCCUAGUGGAGCCACCAAUCUACAAACCAAAGGUGGUGCUGCUUGGCAAGGAUAAGAAAGAGUCUACAGACGAGGAGGUGGAUAAGCUCCACUGUCUCAACCACAGCGGGUCCUCGGCCACCUACUCUGAUUACUCUCCCUCGGUUGGCUCCUCUGGCUCCUCCAACCCACCCGCUAACACUCACUCACACCCUCGCUCUCACGCACACCAACACAACCCUCCCCUGCCAGCACACCACAAGGACCAGCCUCCUCAAACACAUUGGACCAACAGACUGGCCCAGUCUUUUCCUAAACCUAUUGACUCCAAGCCCCUGCUGUCGCAAAGAGAAACUCCUCCCUCAGGGACCGUGCAGCAACGUGGAGAUAGACGUCCAUUGAGUGAGCCUUUCGACUGGGCCGAGACCCCUCACUAUGACAACACCGGCUUUGAUGCUGAGGAGUCUCCCUUAGACCCUUCAUCAUCUAAUACGAGCCAGGGUAACCCGCCACUGGGUUCCAAACCUCGGAGCCAAUCAACACAUGGCCGCCGUCCGCUCUUAAGGCAAGAACGAAUUGUAGGUGUCCCGUUGGAGCUGGACACACAGACACUCCCCUUUCACAGCAACCAACGUUCCACCCAUGACAAUGAAGCUCAGGCUUCUGGACAAGCUUCCCAGAAUCCUUGGCAGAAUUGGACACGCACUCCAAGCCCCUUAGAAGACAGGACCGCUUUUCCCUCCAAACUGGACCUUACACCGACCUCAAGCCCCAACCCAGACCGCAAGGUGGCAGACCAAAGGCGCGAGCAAUCAUCAGGGCCUCUUCCUUGUAGCUGGUCGUACCACAACAAUCAGGGGGAGCAAAACAGAAAGGACCAGCUCACUGUCACCGGGGGCAACAAGGUAACCGUGGUCAUGAGUAAAAGCUCUGACCGACUGUCUCCGAUGAUGAAAGAGACAAGGUCCAGGUUUAAGAAAUCCCAGAGCAUCGAUGAGAUCGACAUGGGCUCCUAUAAAGUAUACAGUAUUCCCAUGGACAGUUACAGUUCAUCCAUUGAGCAGCAGAGCAGUUUGGAGCGCCAAGACCUGCCGGGUUCCAUGGAGCAGACUAACAUGGCUCGGUCCCAGUCUGCACCGAUGUUAGAUGAGGAACUUGGAUUCCCAGCACAUGGAAACCAAAACCAGCAGCCGCACAACCAAAAACCUGCAGUCCCACAAAAAGCCUACCACUUUGACCAAAACUAUAACCCCCAGGUGACCAUGGACCGACGGGCCCCUCCCCCUUUCCCGAAUACACCAGAUUAUGUCAACCACUCAUCAAAAGCAUUGGAGUACAUCAAUCAACCUGGAAAGACAUUACCUAAGGAGUUGGUGAGCCCUCGGUAUCGUGCUUACCCACCACUGGAGAUGUUCUCUUUCCCCCAACCACCAAUCAAUCAGGAUGGUUCCACCAGCCAGCAGCAGCAUCCAAUUCCAUCGCAGCGUUCUAGGCCAGGGUUUUUGAGGCGAGCAGACUCACUGGUAAGCUCUACCGAACUCGCUUUGUUCCGGAGAGUCCACGAAGCUCAGCAGGAGGCCCUACAGGAAGCUCAGUACAGACAGCAACAUCAGGGGGACCCUCCUCUUUAUAGUCGGGCUCUUGCUUAUUCCACCCCCAUGGACCAUUCUGCCAACAUGGUAGACAACCAGAGUCAAAUGAUGCACAACAAAAGAAAUGGACGCUACGAUGACGAUUAUCCCAGCUACCAGGAACAGAAGAAACCCAUGAUUGGUUAUCCAACAAAGAGCUUGACUCAACGUCGCCCCCUGUCUGCUCGAAGCUACAGCACUGAGACCUAUGGAGCAUCUCAGGCGCGUCCAGUGUCAGCCCGUCCCACCAUGGCAGCCCUCCUGGAGAAGAUGCCUCCUGACUACAGUCUGGCUACCUGCCCAGAGAAGCCUUCUGAUGACACCAUCAAGGUACGACCUGUGGUACCACAGAAGCCGGACGACAUCACCUCCAAGAUGCCGGCUGAUUGGAGGCAACAGCUGCUGAGGCACAUCGAGGCCAAACGCCUGGACAGGAGUGGUGUCCUAAAGCACAAUACGCUCACGCUGGGCAUGCUCUGUCAGGGCGGGGGUCACGGCCAGGGGCGCAGCAGCACUUUGAACUUUAACGUUUACAAUAACACUAAGCAUGAGCCCCCUGCUGGCCGCUGGCUGCCACUACCUCCUCCUCCUCCAUCUGCUGUUGCCACCCCCGCCCAGCAGGCGGCCAUGCUGGAUAACGACCAAGAGGGUGUGUCAGGAAGCAGUCAAUGGGCUCCCUACUCCCUUGGCAGGAGAGACGUCCCACCUGACAACCUCAUGAAAAAGGGAGGCUACUCUCACAACCCUCCUCACCAAUCACACAACACCAUGAUUGUCACUUCUUCGUCCUCUUCCUCGGCCACAACCCCUCAUCGUAUGGUUGGCCAACAGGGUUAUGAUGGCGGAAUAAUGAAUAAGGGAGCCCAAUAUCAGCAAGGAAUGCCUUUAUCAGUUGUUCCGUCCGCGGUGCAGUAUCAAGGAAACAUGCCUCCAGCCCUUAACACUUCUGGCCAGGUCUACUCAAGUGCUGGCCUGCCUAUGGCCCUGUCCUCAUCCGGGAACCAACCACAGUACAACUUGCAUACCUCCCACACAUCACAUCAGCCUUCACACACUCCCAACAACCCCCAGUACCACAGCAACCAGGGAAUGGUCCAUAGCAACCAGGUUGUUGUCACAACUCACACCAACCCGCGGCCUCAGAGCGCUCGCUGUCUUCUCCAAACUAAAGGCCAGAAGAGUACCGAUGGUUUCCAGGAACAGUUAUGUGUGAGAAUAGAGAAGAACCCUGGUCUUGGUUUUAGUAUCUCUGGUGGCAUCAGUGGUCAGGGGAACCCCUUCAAACCCUCUGACAUGGGUAUCUUUGUUACUAGGGUACAGCAUGACGGGCCCGCUGCAUGUUCCCUGCAGCCUGGAGACAAGAUACUGCAGGCGUGCACCAGCAAAUCACCAGCUGGCUUCACCGUGGUCACCUUGAAGAAGCAACUUUGCCAUUUUCUGCAUGUCUUGGUCACCAAGUUCCCAAGAGGAGAGCACGCCUAUUGGUGACCCCGGCAGGCAACAACCCCUGGCCGAGUACAUCUCUGGGUAGCAGUCGAGGAGGUAAUACCUCUGUCUGCUGCUCUUCUCUCUCUACACGAACAACUGCACCUCAACGCACCCGGCUGUCAAACUCCUGAAGUUUGCAGAUGACACCACUGUCAUCGGCCUCAUCAAGGACGGUGAAGAGUCUGCAUAUCGACAGGAAGUGGAGCGGCUGGAGCUGUGAUGCGGCCGACGCAACCUGGAGCUGAACACGCUCAAGACUGUAGAGAUGAUCGUGGACUUCAGGAGGCAUCCUUCGCCACAGCUACCUUGUCCAGCUGCCUUGUGUCAACCGUCGAGACCUUCAAGUUCCUGGGAAUAACAGUCUCUCAGGACCUGAAGUAGGAGAUCAACAUCAACUCCAUCCUCAAAAAGGUCCAGCAGAGGAUGUACUUCCUGCGGCUUCUGAGAAAGCGCGGCCUGCCACGGGAGCUGCUGAGGCAGUUCUACACAGCGGUCAUCGAAUCAGUCCUGUGUUCUUCCAUCACAGUCUGGUUUGAUGCUGCUACAAAAAAGGACAAACUCCGAAUGCAAGGGAAAAUCAAAACUGCUGAAAGAAUUGUCGGUACACCCCUACCCACCCUUGAGGACUUGCACGCUGCCAGAACUAAGACAAGAGCAUGCAAAAUCCUCUCGGACCCUCCACAUCCCGGUCACCGGCUCUUCCAGCUCCUUCCCUCAGGAGAGAGUUGACAGACUGAGUUUAGCGUAAUCACAAAUUGUGAUAAAGAAAUUUCUGCAACAUGACUCCAGCUCCAUGUUUUGACGUCCUCCACGAGACAUCUGGGGAAGCUCCUCCGACUCUUCAGCCCAUGAUCAAUGGAAUGGUGUCUGCCGUAACUGUAGACCCAUGACAAACCUCUUGGACACCAUCUUGAACGAGGGAGUUUUAUGCAGAGCCACAUGAAUGUGAAAUAACAUCUGGACAGCUGAUGACCUUCGUGACCCUGGAGAGAACAACAGACAAUUCCGCCAAAACCGCCUAUCGCCAACAUGUAAUGUGGAAAAUCCCUAAGGACAUUAUCUAGGAUGCAGACAAACCAGACAAUGACGAGCCACAUUUCAUGUUUUCAGAGCAUUGCUCCAGUAGAAAUGUGCAUGACAUAUUAGUUUAUAAAUAUUUGCAGAUCCAGUUGCACCUUAUUUUUUUAAAAUUUACUUCCAAGAAUGUCUGCACAUUUACCUCUACCAUUUUGAAAUUGUUCAAUUGUUAUAAACUGAAAAUGGUUUCUUCUUCACAAUUGCCACUCAGAAAUACUACACAGACACUUUCCAAAAAAAUGUAAUAUCAUGAAGAAAACAAAUUUCAUUCCAUUCAAAAAAUUUAACUUUCAUAGAUUAUAGUCACAACUUAAACUAUUUCAAGUAUUUAUUUGUUUAUUUUUACAUAAUUUGGGCUUUCAGCUCAUAAAACCCACAAAAUUAGGAAUUAA